CUUUCUCUACAAUCGUGUAGUGAGGUAGCUUUGGCUGCAGCCCUUGCAAGGGCAGCAGUGGUGGCAGCAGAGCGGUGCUUGUGUGCGCAGACGAGUGCCGUGGCGCUGCUUCUCGCCGCCGCCGCCUUGAUGGCGCCGGCCGCCGCCGCCCCCCGGCCGCAGGGCGCGCAGCCCACGCCCAUCCCCAUCCUGCGCUCCGUCGCCGACACCAACCACGACGGCAACUACGUCUACAGCUACGAGACGGGCAACUCCAUCGCGGCGCAGGAGGAGAGCAAGGUGCUGGACGCCGGCACCGCCAACGAGCGGAGGCGCGUUGAGGGCAGGUACAGCUACGUGGACAACGAGGGCAACCCCUUUGAGGGCGCGCACCUGCCGCGCGAGCCCGAGUUGCCCGAGUGGCUGCGCCAGGCGCUGGCGCGCAACGCCGCCGAAGAGGCCAAGCUCUCGCCGCAGCAGCUCGCGGAGGUGGAGACCGGCCGCUACGUCAUCCGCUAGCCCAACCUCCCUGCACCCCAACGAAUCUCGUCAGACGGUCCUUCGUACAACCAACUACUCCUAAGGCAUUGCGUGAGAUGGUAGAAAUGUUUGGCUACACCUUUUAAAAACUGUAGAAAUGGUUGUGAAAUCGAUGUUGUUGUCUUAAUACAAAUGUGUCAUAAAUAAACUAAGUGUAUAUUCG